GUGCACCCCGUCGGUCCAACCCGGAUUACAUUUUUACGACCGCCGUUCCUCCGUAAAUCUUACCCCACGAGGCCACGACCGCCGUUCCUCCGUAAAUCUUACGCACGACCACCCCUCCCACCACCCCCAAAUCGGGUGCGUGCGGUUCGGAUAGAAUCGGUGCGGCCGGCGGCGAUUGGCGGCAGCCGAAUUACGGCGCGCAAGAGCACAAUCGUAGCGGCGGCGCCGGCGGUGCCGCGGUCGGCCACGGCAGAGCGGCGGCCGCUAGGGCCUGAACCAGGAGCAGCUCGACUCAACUGAGCCGGACCAGAGUGCUCCGCCAAUGGUUCCUCUCCUAUUUGGUCGUGGGAUGCUGGGGAUGGGCCGGAUGGAGGUUACGGCGCGCGGCGGGGAAGGAUCGUCGCUGCAGCUGGAGGGGAGCGGCUGCGGAGACGGCGAGCUGGCGGGGGCGCAGGUGCGGUGGCGGCUGUCCCGGGAGAGCACGUUGGCGCGGCACACGGGGCUGCGCGGCGCCAUGGCCGACCUCUCCUUCCUGCUCGCGAGGGGGCCGCCCAACCUCCUGGGGUUCCUUCGCUCCACCGCCUCCGCCUCCGGCUACUCGCAGCUGCUCCUUUUCCGCCACUCCCAGUCCAUCCCUGAUCUCCAAGGCUUUGAUAUUGCAAUUACCAGUGGGUGCUUUGAUGUUGGACCAAGCUGUCUUGCACCUGUUCGACGGAAUGCCUGUGAGAGUGUGUUUUUUUGGGUAUACUGCAGGCUUGCGCACUACUGCCCAUGAUUCCACCUGUUAAUAGAUUGUUUGGAUUUCCACUGGUUUUUACUAUGUUUAGAUUAUCAAGAAUGCAAUGCUUACUGUGUUUAAAAUUCAUUUUUCAUGAUUCUCAAUGAUAUAGGACUGUAAAAAAGGGUCUCAAUGACAUAGGAAGGCUCUGGCCUUGGGAGGCUUGCUCGUUGUCUAUUUUGGGGAAUCAGGUUCUGAUUCCAUUAGAAACGGGAACGCAAUAGAGGCAAUCUUUUCCUGUUUGCAAGAUGAUCUGCAUAUAUGACCUGCUAUGAAAUUUAGGCUAUUGUGUACAUGUA